CGUUGGAAACGUCAUGAGCGUCUUACUACCCAACAUGGCGGACUUUGAUACCAUUUAUGAGUUAGAAGACGAAGAGGAUGAGCACGUAGUGAGUGAGGAGCACUUGCCAAGAUAUUAUCCAGAGCCCGUGGUUAUGCGAGGGGCUGGACACAUCACAGUGUUUGGACUGAGCAACAGAUUUGACACAGAAUUUCCUUCUGUUCUUACAGGGAAGGUAGCACCAGAGGAAUUCAAAACCAGCAUCAGCAGGGUGAAUGCUUGCUUGAAGAAGAACUUGCCUGUGAAUGUGAAGUGGCUUCUCUGCGGCUGCCUGUGUUGUUGCUGUACAGUAGGCUGCAGUCUAUGGCCUGUUAUCUGCCUCAACAAGAGAACAAGGCGGUCUAUUCAGAAGCUGUUAGAGUGGGAAAAUAACCGAUUAUACCAUAAGCUGGGCCUGCACUGGAAACUCAGUAAAAGAAAGUGCGAGAGCAGUAAUAUGAUGGAAUAUGUGAUUCUUAUAGAAUUCUUACCUAAAUAUCCUAUAUUCCGACCAGACUGAGGAGACUAUUGCCAGACUGGAUGUGGGUCCCUUGAAUCUUAUCCUUAGUGCCUUGUAUAUACAGUAUGUUGGAAAAAGGGUCUGCACCGGUGUCUACUAUAAUGACCCUGUACAUUUCCCAGUACCUUGUACAUUUAAAAAAAUUGCAACACUGUCACUUUGCUUUAGAGCAGACUUUGCACAUUUUUCUGACAGAACCAGAAGUUUCCCCCUUUGAUGCACUCUGAUGUGUUUUUUGUUACGUGUUUGAAAAACAAGUGAAACUCUGAAAAAGUGCAUUUACCCCAAAGAACCAUUAACCUGUAUCCCAUCUGUUUUAUCAGUAAUCCUUUGCAAAGAAUGUGAUGCCUCCACCCUCUGUAACUAUCCUUGCCUUAUGUAUGAUGAAACAGAAAAACGAUUAAUCAACAUGUCAACCUAGGAGGAGGAAUCUGAUCCAACAAGUCUUUAGAUCCAGAUAUCAGAUGCUGUUCGUUGGGUUUUCUCUCUUUGAAUCCAGUUCUUUGCAAGUAGAUGGGAUGGAUGAAAAUCCCUAACACACUGUACAUCAUCACCCUGUGUUUUGUCUUUGCAUUAACCCAUUGUAACUGGGAGCUAGCUAGUACAAGAACUUGACCUGUAAAUACAAUGUUAGGGUAAGCUGUACAGUGGUAUACUAUUGUUUACAUAAAGUUACUUAGUUCAUUAGUUAUUUUUGUUUUUAUUUUUGCCAAUGUAUUGUACCAUAGUUUUGAUUAAUGAAAGAUGUCUAUGUAACCUUCUAGUUUAUAUGGACCUGUUUACCUUGUAAGCCAUAUAGUGACAGUGUAUCUGAUGCCAGUUAGGACUGAUUAUUGCACUUGAGCCCAGAGGAGAGUCAGGAUUUCAUACUGCAGUACAUCCUGAGUACAGUGACAACAUCAGUGCAUAUUACCCUGUGGUUAUUGCCAAUGAAGAUGACAGUGACUCAUCACCUGUUAACACGAAAGAUUUGGAAGAUUUUGAUUAGAACUUUGCACUUAGACUUUUUUUUCUAUUAAUUUUGUAGUUUUAUACUUGCCCCAGUGCUGUGUUGGGUUCUGAUGUGUUAGUAAGCACAUCUUUCCACAGAACAUGAAAUAAUGAGCAGAUGGCUCCUUUGUUUCAGUAAUCACCUUGAUUGAUCUUGUUAUUUUCUUAAAUCCUUGUCAUGAGAUUUGCUGCAUUGCGUUGUAUUAGAGUGCCUCUGGAACUGUGAAGAACCACAGAGAAGUACAGGUUGUGAUCAGUUCUCCUGUGUGAAGGGGACUUUUAAAUCCUCCUACCAGUAUUGUUCCUGACGCAGUUCUUGUACAUGUUUAUCAUGAUGACCUAAUUCCUUUGGAGAGAGAAAAUAAAUGGUUGAUUUGAA